AUGGAGAACAAGGAGAAGCUUCCAUGGGAGUUGGUGGAAGAGAUCCUCUCUCGUGUCCCUCCUAAACCACUUGUCCGCUUCAGAACCGUUUGCAAACGAUGGAACACUCUCUUCGACGACGAUACUUUCAUCAACAACCACAAGAUGACGUUUCGCUUCAUUCUAAUGACUAAAUCCAAGGCUUAUUCGGUAAGCCUUAACCCCGAGAUAGAGGUGCGUGAGUUAAUCUUAGAUAUCCCCGCUUUAAAAAAUCAGAAACCUAAUGACAUGGUCGAUUGCAAUGGGUUCUUGCUGUGUGGCAUGAAAGGAGCGGUGGUUUGUAACCCGUGGUUAGGGCAAAAUAGAUGCAUCAAGGCCGAGGUUAACCAACCUCGUUUACAAUUUCACGGCGUAGGUUAUGAUGAUAAUAGUAUAGGUCAGAAAAUUGUUUAUAAAACCCUUGCGCGUUCUCUAAAUGAUGGAAGCUCUACCGCUUCAUCGAGAAUCCAUGACAUUGCCACCGGUACGUGGAAAGACGUGUUGGACGAAGCAAGAGAUGAAACACUACCGCCUAAAACUUGGUGCCGUUUUCACUCGACAAGAUGUGUAGCGUUGAAUGGAACUUUGUAUUGGGUUGCUUAUUACACGAGUAAUCCCUCGUUGUUCUUAGUAUCAAGCUUCAAUUUUUCUAGAGAAAAAUUCUUCAUAUUUUGUGGUCUACCGUGUGAGAAGAACGAUCAUAACGAUGCUCUUGUCCUUAGGAUUUUUAAGGGAGAUCGGUUUUCGUUGUUAAAGCAGUGCCAUGUAACAAAGAAGAUUCAGAUUUGGGUGGCCAAGGAUAAGAUUAAUUGGUAUACUACUACAGAUGUGAAAUGGAUGAGUUUCAUGGAAGUGUCAAUCCCUAACUUGCCGUGUUUAGUACAGACACAAUCAUACACUCAGCAGCCGAGUUACUUCAUUGAGGAUAAAAGGGAUGGGUUCUGA